GGUCUAUGAUGUAUGAAAGGAAUAUAACUGCUGAUUUCUCUACAAAUUUGUAUUGAUAUUUUCAAACAAAAGUAAGAUUACAUUCCACAGAAGCCAAGGAAAACAGGAGUUCUCCGAUCAGUGGGCAAGAUACCCGUUGGUCUAACAGAAUCAUAGGAGAAAGUGAGAACUGCAGAUGCUGGAGAUCAGAGUCAAGAGUGUGGUGUUGGAAAAGCACAGCAGUUCAUAUUAGGCUUUCGGGACAAAGACCAAGAUUUCAAAUGUGAAUGGAAGUGAAGAUAUGAGAAAAAAGCUGGGCCAAAUGUCUGCUGUGGCAUCACUCCCAUAUUUUCAUGGAAACAUCAGCAAAAAGGCCUGUGAAGUUUUAUUUGCAGCCAAGGGAACAGAUGGAAGUUAUCUACUGCGAGAGAGUGAGACCAUCCCAAAUGCUUUAUGCCUCAGUGUCUUCUUUCAAAAAACUGUAUAUACAUAUAGAAUUUUGAAAAGUCAUCAAGGGCGUUAUGUGGUUCAGACUGGAUAUGGAGUUAAAGAAAAGUUCUUCAAAACACUGUCUGAUUUAAUUGCCUACUAUAAAAAACCUGGCAAAGGUCUAGUGAUUCAGUUAAGUUGCCCUCUGGAAAAAAACAAAACUAAACAGGAAGAUGAAGAGAAUGAAUAUGAAGAAGUUAAUGAUGCUGACUAUGUUGAAGUACUUGGCGAAUGAAAAUGUUCAAUCUUAUCGAACAGAAGAACAAUCUUCUUUCUUCUUAAAGUAACAUAAUGCAUUGGAAUUGUAAUAGCACAAUUUAUGCAUAUGUGUAUAGUACAUCAUAAGAAUGUAACCACUUAACCCAGAUGCAAUAUGCAUAUUGCAUUGAAAAACUCCUUUAGCUUCUCUCCCUCAUUAGCAGCAGCCUUCAUUUAUUAUAAAUACCUUUAAAUGUUCUUUGUAGCCAUUGAUCUUUAAAAUUUCUAAGCAACUAUAAUUUGCUUGAAAAUUUCUUUAAGGCCCCAGUUUUGUCAUCAAUGGCAAAUUGAUAACACUCAUUGCUGACCCCUAAGGAAUUGCCCAGGAAUGCAUUUCACAUUUCAUAGAGUUAUAGAGAUGGAAACACUCCCUUCGGUCCAACCCGUCCAUGCUGACCGGAUAUCCCGACCCAAUCUAGUCCCACCUGCCAGCACCCGGCCCAUAUCCCUCCAAACCCUUCCUAUUCAUAUAUCCAUCCAAAUGCCUCUUAAAUGUUGAAAUUGUACCAGCCUCCACAACAUCCUAUGGCAGCUCAUUCCAUACAUGUACCACCCUCUGCGUGAAAAAGUUGCCCCUUUUAUAUUUUUUAUAUAUUUCCCCUCUCAUCCGAAACCUAUGCCCUCUAGUUCUGGACUCCCCGACCCCAGGAAAAAGACUUUGUCUAUUUAUCCUAUCCAUGCCCCUCAUAAUUUUGUAAACCUCUAUAGGAUCACACCUCAGCCUCCAACACUCCAGGGAAAACAGCGCCAGCCUGUUCAGCCUCUCCCCGUAGCUCAGAUCCUCCAAUCCUGGCAACAUCCUUGUAAAUCUUUUCUGAACCGUUUCAAGUUUCACAACAGCUUUCCAAUAGGAAGGAGACCAGAAUUACACGCAAUAUUCCAACUAAUGACCUGUACAGCCGCAACAUGACCUCCCAACUCCCCUGUACUCAAUACUCUGACCAAUAAGGAAAGCAUAACAAACGCUUUCUUCACUAUCCUAUCUACCUGCGAAUCCACAUUCAAGGAGCUAUGAAUCUCUUUGUUCAGCAACACUCCUUAGGACCUUACCAUUAAGUGUAUAAGUCCUGCUAAGAUUUACUUUCCCAAAAUGCAGCACCUAGCAUUUAUCUGAAUUAAACCCUGGUGUUAAUUUGAUUUUACUGCCAAAAAUAGGGGCAUGCUGGUAUCCAGCACCAAUGCCACUAAAUAGUAAAUUGAAAAAUUCUCAGUAACAGGAAAAUGGGAUAUAAAAUGCAUUCGUUAUCCUUCACUUUUUCCAUCAACUUGUAGAGAAUGAAUUGCAGAUUGGAGUGCACACAUAGGAUUAAGACAGAAAGUGAAAUAUGUUGAAUAGAAAUUCGAAAAUGAUUUUAUAUUAAGUCCUAUGACAGCUUUCAUAAAGAAGAAAUUUGACAUUUCAAAAAUAUAAAAUUAGAUUUUGAGGGCUAAAAUGGCUGUUCAGCAACAAUCAACGCUGACAGCUUUAACAGCAUUAUCACUGCAAAAUCAAAUCCCUUGCAAAGUCUGGGCUUUUGGGCUGAUAAGGCCUCCAUAAAUUAUUCUAUAUUUGAUUUGGUAGAAAUUGCAUAGAGAAAGUUCUGACUAUUUUCAUUUGGGUUUCUGCACAAAUAAGGAAAGAAAAUGAGAGUUCUGUAAUUAUCAUAAAAUUAUUAAAGUCACAACUGUUAAUUGUUAACAGCAAUCCCACUUUAAUAAGAUUUUUCAACCUUAAAUCUAAUUUCCUCUCAACCUGAAAAAAAAUGCUGGAAAAACUCAGCAGCAUCUGUGGAGAGAGAAAUAGAAUUAAUAUUCUAAGUUUAAUUGGACUGUCUUUUGGAAACCCUCUCAAUCUGACUGGGAUCUACGCUCAUUAAACCUGAGAACCAGCUGAUCUGGUUUCCACUUGUUUGUGAGAGUGCGUGAGAGGGAAAAAUGGAAGUCAAAUUUCCAAUUGGCUGAUUGACAAAAAAACUUAUUUGUCACUGCAUGAAUAAGGUGAUCUUUGCAACAGAUUGAAGGAAUUGUAAAUUCAAAAGCCAGUUGCACAAAAACAUGGCAUUUCUGAAUCACAGAUUUCCCUAAUUCUGAACUGAAAAUGUCUUUUUGGAGUGAAAAGGCAAUGAAAAUAGGAAAGGCAAGUGUAAAAGUAAAAAUCACCAAUAUUAAUGAACUGCUUUGCUAAUUUCAUUACAAAAGAACUCAGAAAAUCAAACUUGAUGGAUGACAGUUGAGAGAUAAUAUUAAUAACAUUAAGACCUUGCCAAAGGUCUGAGUGUGAAAUUAUUUCAAGAGUUACAUGGUUAAAUGAAUUCCUGUGCCAAUGGAAAGUGAGACAAAGGCUUGCCAUCAAAAUGCUGUGUGGAUAUUGAUCAACACUCUGGUAAUGUAUGGACAAAAUAAAUAUUUCCAGAUUUCUAAGUUAAGUGUCUACCUAU